AUGUAAAGAGCAUAAUCGGCAACACCUAAUUUUGGUAUUUUGAGUGACUAAACUAGACUUUCCUAUGGAAGAUAUGUUUAAGAUAGCAACUAGACAGACAUCAGGCUUUGGAAUUGAGGGAUAUGAAGCCCCAAAAAAGUACGUUGAUCCAAUUAAAUAAAUGGAAGAAAGAAAAUUUUUAACUUAAAAGAAAGGUAAAGUAAGUUAAUAAUGAUUAAGGUUAAAAAAAUAGAAAUCAUGUCACAAAACGAGGUCAUUAUUUAGAAGACUUGAAAAAAUUAUAUGAGAAGUUACCUGCACCAAACAAAUAUGAUAUUGUUAAACCAUGGGUUCCAUUAAAAUAAGAAGGAAGAGUCAAGAGUGCUCCAUAGAAGAGGUACAUAUUCUAAAUUUAUAUUAAAUAGAUGCACAUUUAUAGACUAAAUAUUCAAAGAAGCAAAAGUAAGAGGAGUUCCUGGAGCUGGUAAAUAUAAUGUGAUACCUACUCUCGAGGAUGUUUUAAAAUAAGUUGAAGAAGAUAAGAAGAAAAAAAUAGCGUAAUUGUUCUUAAAUUAUUAGAUAGACCAGUUGAAAGACCGACUUACUUAAAUGAAAUUUAACAUCUAGCUGUAAUCAAUCCAGGUCCUGGAAAUUAUAAUCCUCAUGUAAGAAUACUCUAGAAUUAUAAUAGAGAAUUGAAAAAAAACUAAAACUUAAUGAGACCAAGCCAGCUGAUUAGAUUGCAAAGCAUAAAGAAUAAGAUAGAAAGAGAGGUAAAUCAUGUUUGCCAGAUAUUGGAACAUAUAAUCCAGAGCCUGUUGAAUUCACAUCCUUUAACAAGUUGCAACAACUCUCAAAAAAGAAGGACAAAUCUGAUAAACAUGUUAAUAUUAUCAUAUAAUUUAUAGAAUUUUGGAAAAGAAGAUAGAUUUAAGGAUCCUAAAAAAAGUAAAUCGAAGUAACUUCCUGUGCCUGGUCCAGGAUAAUAUCCUAUGAUUGUAUAAUGGCCUGGUAAGGAGAAGGAUAAAAACAAUCCAAAAUAGAAGAACUAUUUGGAUGUCACCACUAGAGGCAUUUCUCGUUCAAUAUAUUAUUGA